GGUUUUGUAGCUGUUUCAUAUUCUUUUGUACAGUAUGUAUGCUGUAUGAUGCCCUGUUGCUGUUUCUGCCUCAAUCUUUAUUCUUAACAAAUGAAAUAUUAAGAACAUGUAGACAGCAUUCCUUUAAAGAGUGGGUAACUUCAGAUGUUUGGUUCUUUAUAAAUAUAAAAAGAAAUGAAGAAGGAAACAAGGAGCAACGGCUGAGCUCAGGGGAGCAUCUCAGCACAGAAACAGUCACUGCACAAAGAAGCACCAGAAUGAUGUAGAUACUAUCAAACAACACUAUGCUAGUGACUCCACUGAGAACUAUUCAUGAAUAUUGUUAAUAUCAUAAAAACACACUAGCACAGCAAAGCAAUAACUUUGAAAAUGGUCAUUCGAAGUUCUUUCAUAUAUCAUUCAUUUUAACAUUGCUCAUCUUCUACGAGAGGAAAUCCCAGAGAGAGAGAGAGAAGGGGAGAGGCAGAGAGGCGUCUUGCAGAGAUAAGACCGUGAGCAGUCGGCUGCUUUGGAUCACUGAGGGCGACGUGAUUCACAUGCACGCCUUUCCUCGGCCCUCGGGAACGGGAAAACUUCCAGGAAAGAGCUUCUUCAGACACACUUUCCUUUUUCAAUGAAACAAAUUCCCAGAGGCUGAGACGCAGUGCUGCUGGGCUGAAGCCUCGCAUGGGGUGGUCUUACUGAGAGACUCCUUCAGUCUGGGAGAACUGAUUCACUCCUCCUGUGUGUCACAGUUACAUUUCUCUGUAUUAUCUGGAAACCUGUUUAUCCACUUGUGAUUAUACUUAGUAUUGCCAUUAUUUAGCAAAGUUAUUAUGAGUAUUUGAUUCUGGGGGUGUCGGAGGUGUCUGUCUGUCUGUCUGUCUGUCUGUAUGUUCAUUUGUCCACCUGCUUGUGACACGUACAUUUUUGCAUAAAUCUAGAAAAAUGCUUUUCAAGUUGUGAUGAGCCAUCACAGAACCUAGCCGUGUUUUAACAUAAUUUAAAAAAAAAAAAAAGUUAUUUUUGUACUCAUAGACUUCGCAUGCGAAAAUAUAUAAUUACAGUACAGUUUAUGUUCGAUUCAUGGAAAAGAAAAGUGUUUUUGUUUUUAUGUACAGGUCAUUUGAAAACUGUUUAAUUCUCGUCUGUCAGACAAAAACAGGUAUCGAUCUCGGAUCCAAUGCGAUCCAGCACAAAUGAACCCCUGCUGAUGCCACUUAUCCAAAUCCUUAAACAUUUGCAUUUCUUAUUUCUAUAGUAUUCUGUGCACUCUGUGAUCAUCAAUACUGAUAGCUCAAUAAUCCAGGCAGGGGAUGUGUGUGACUGAUCUGCAUGUUCUCAUAUCUCUAACAGCCCUGCAUGCUGUUGUGUUGUCCAGGCAGUGAGUGUCCGGGCUCCUUGUGUGUUUCAGGGAAACCCUUCAGUGGCUCAGCGGUGCAGCUCCCGGGACACGUGUUCACCGCCUUCCUGGACUCUGUGGAGGCCGAACAGCCUGGCACUGCCCAGCAGGCCCCGUACUGUCAGACUGCCUUCGAUGCCAUCACGAUGGAUUUGAACCACACCGUGUACAUCUUUAAAGGAGGGCUGUACUGGACGGUGUCCGCGGCAGGUCAGGUCAGCUCUGAUCUGCUCAGGGAGGGCUGGCCGGGACUCCCUAGAGCCAUCGAGGCCGCUGCCGUCUCCCAGACCGACGGGAAAUUCUACUUCUUCAGAGGUGGGCGGUGCUGGCGUUACAAAGACAGGAAGCUGGAGGCAGGGUUUCCCAGGAAAAGCAACACCACUGGCCUGCCCAGGCACCCUGACUCUGCCUUCUACUACCAGCCUCUGGGGCGCAUGGUUGUGCUCAAGGGGCAGCGCUACUUCGUUCUGAGCCACGACAGCCUUCACGUGGAGCCCUACUACCCCCGCGAGCUGGCAGACUGGAAGGGGGUCCCAGCAGGCGCCAACGGGGUCCUGACCCGGCCCGACGGGCAGCUCUACUUCUUUAAAGACGAACGGUUCUGGAGGUUUGACCCGGACAAGCUACGGGUGGUGGGUCGAGGGCAAUGGGCCAGUGAACUGGAGUGGACCGGCUGCCUAAGAGAAGCGAACAACUCUGUCGAUUGAACCAAAGAGCUGCUAAGCUCACAAACCAAAAUAUGUGCAAUCAACGAGCUUAAGGGCCUUCUGUUCUUUUAAAGAGAUCGCAGUGAACAAAACCAUUCCUUACCUGCUGUGCUCUUUCAUUCGCUAUAUAGGUCUGUGCAGUUUUGAAAGAAACACAUCUCAUUAUAAAGCUAGAUUAGUAUUUUCUGUUUCUAUAUACUAGUCAAAGAAAUGCUAUGCUUUCAGGUAGCUUUGCACUUCCUUGGUCAUUUUACACAAAGGCUGAAAUUGUCCCCACCCCUUUAAUGGCUUCUUUCCUGUCAUAAACCAACCAGCUACUCCCCCUAGUGUGACUGACAUGCUUUCAGCCAGUAACAUGAGGCGGAAUGAGCGAGGAAGUGCAGUAAGGCAUGGAAACGGAGCACUAACCUAGUUUAGUACCAGAAAUCAUGUUUUAAAAUGAAAAUACAUUGUGGCUAUAACGAGUGUUUCUUUCAUAACUGCACAUUUGAGACAGGAAUUAUUUUGCGAGUAACAAUCACUUCAAAAUAGUGUCACUUUGUCUUUUUUUUUUACAGAGGGUGGUCAAAUAGAAACACCUGUCUAACACUGUCAGCCAUGUGGCCACACAAGUGACCAUGUGGGAAGUUGUAAUGGGGAUGGAAGUCUGCAGAUAAGCCUGAAACAUCAGCAAUGUGUGUAGUUUUCUCAGCUAUUGUGACUACAACUGGGAGUGGCAGCUUUUAUAAAGCACACAGUGCAUGUGGGUGGAAUGCCUGUUUACACAUGGGGUGCCUUUUACAGUUGUCUAUUCUAUGGUCAAACCGCUGUAUGUGAAAUAUAUGUAUUUUGUAUAAUAUCUUCCUGCGUGUACACUAAUAUAGAGGUAUGCAGAGAGAUAUGCAUUUCCAUUGGAAAAUACUGUAUUCUAUUGUAAUGGUAAAAAGUCCAGAUUCAAUGUCUGUAAAUGUAUGUAUUUUAAUUCGGUUGCACUGUGUAAAAAAAAUAAAUAUCCCCAAAAAAACCACAAGGAAUAUUUAAAAAUAAAA